GGAAAGGGGCUGGCUGGGAAAAGGGGUGGGAUUUCAGCAUCACCGAGCCUCCGAGGCUCUGCCUCCCAAUGUGGGAGAGAGUUUAGGGCUUCCAGCGGCAUGAGUGUCUGUGCAGGUCAGGCUGGGAACUGAAGGCUGAUUGAUGGGUGCCUUCAGCUGCUUAAAGACAAAAUUGCCCGCUGGUGAUUGGGGUAUUGUGAGGAGGUGCGCAGGACCCAGGAACCAGAGUAUUUUGAGCACCAGCCUCUGCUGUUCAGCAAAUUGAGCCCUUCUGCUUGAUGCUGCCUGUCUCCAGAAGCCUCUCACCAUGAUCGAUAGCUCCAAGAAGCAGCAACAGGGGUUCCCAGAGAUUUUAACUGCUGGGAAUUUCGAGCCAUUAAAAGAAAAGGAAUGCCUUGAGGGGAGCAACCAGAAAAGUCUCAAGGAAGUGCUCCAGCUGAGGCUGCAGCAAAGGAGAACGAGAGAACAACUAGUGGACCAGGGCAUCAUGCCACCUUUGAAGAGCCCAGCGGCAUUCCAUGAGCAAAUAAAAAGCUUGGAACGAGCCAGAACUGAAAACUUUUUGAAGCACAAGAUUCGAAGCCGACCUGAUCGUUCUGAACUUGUCAGAAUGCACAUUUUAGAAGAAACAUUUGCAGAGCCAUCCCUGCAGGCUACUCAGAUGAAGUUGAAAAGAGCUCGCCUAGCUGAUGAUCUGAAUGAAAAGAUUGCUCAGAGACCUGGUCCUAUGGAGCUGGUAGAGAAAAACAUCCUGCCUGUAGACUCCAGUGUUAAGGAAGCAAUUAUAGGCGUUGGGAAGGAGGACUAUCCCCAAACUCAGGGCGAUUUCUCAUUUGAUGAAGACAGCAGUGAUGCUUUGUCUCCAGACCAGCCAGCCAGCCAGGAGUCGCAGGGGUCAGCCGCAUCCCCAAGUGAGCCAAAAGUUAGUGAAUCACCAUCUCCUGUGACUACAAACACUCCAGCCCAGUUUACUUCAGUGUCCCCAGUAGUUCCUGAAUUCUUGAAAACUCCUGCUACUACGGAUCAGCCCCCCACAAGGUCCACAGCUCCUGUGCUCCCCACAAACACUGUGUCCUCAGCAAAGCCUGGGCCAGCACUGGUAAAGCAAAGCCAUCCCAAGAAUCCGAAUGACAAGCACCGUAGCAAAAAAUGCAAAGACCCUAAACCACGGGUAAAGAAGCUCAAGUACCACCAGUACAUUCCACCAGACCAGAAAGGGGAGAAGAGCGAGCCGCAGCUGGAUUCCAACUACGCCCGCCUGCUCCAGCAGCAGCAGCUGUUCCUGCAGCUACAGAUCCUGAGCCAACAGCAGCAACACUACAACUACCAGACCAUCCUACCUGCACCACUCAAGCCACUCAAUGACAAAAAUAACAACAGUGGGAAUUCAACUUUGAACAACACCAUAUCUAACACACCAAGACAGAAUACGUCUGCUCCCUUGAGAAAGCCAGGACCUCUGCCUUCUAGCCUGGAUGACUUAAAGGUAUCGGAGCUGAAGACAGAACUGAAGUUAAGGGGUCUUCCAGUGUCAGGCACCAAACCAAACCUUAUCGAACGCCUGAAACCUUACCAGGAAAUGAACAGCAAUGGCAUUGCUGCUGAUGGCGUUGUGGCAGUGUCAACAUCUGCUGUCGUCACCAGUAACCCAGAAGUCACCAUGGCAUUGCCAGUUACCACACUACAAAACUCUGUGACUAGCUCAGGCUCCACUUUCAAGGCAGAAUUGCCAUCUGCUGGAACCAGCAAUGCAGCCCAUGUGGAAACUGUUAAUUCACCUCUGCCGAUCUCACCAUCUCCCUCCGAACAGUCCAGUCUCAGCACUGAGGACACAAACAUGGCAGACACGUUCACCGAGAUUAUGACAAUGAUGUCUCCUUCACAGUUCUUGUGUUCAUCUCCUUUGAGAUUGACAAGUAACGAAGACAGCCUAAGUCCCACCAGCAGCACUCUGUCCAAUCUGGAACUGGAUGCAGCUGAGAAGGAUCGCAAGCUUCAGGAGAAAGAAAAGCAGAUUGAAGAGCUAAAGAGGAAACUGGAACAAGAGCAGAAGCUCGUGGAAGUUCUAAAAAUGCAACUUGAGGUUGAAAAACGAGGGCAGCAGCAGCAACAGCAGCAGCAGCGGCGGCCACUGGAACCCCAACCCAGUGCCCCAGCUAAUUCUGUCAGCCAGUUAGAGCAGAAGCACAGCAGUGUCAGUUCCUCCAUCAAAGAUGAAACCUCACUCACUGACUGCUCCAGCCCCAGGCAGCCUGUCCCAGGACCCAGCCAUUCUGUAGGCCAGCCUGUCGCUACGAGUGGUCAGACCCUUGUUGCCAAAAAGGCUGUGGUGAUCAAGCAAGAGGUCCCUGUGGCUCAGGCAGAGCAGCAGAGCAUCGUCCCACAGUUUUAUGUGAGUUCUCAGGGACAGCCGCCACCUGCUGUUGUUGCUCAGCCUCAGGCUCUGCUGACCACACAAACUGCUCAGCUGCUGCUCCCAGUGUCCAUCCAGGGCUCCGGUGUCACCUCAGUGCAGCUCCCUGUAGGCAGCCUCAAACUCCAGGCUCCACCACAAGCAGGAAUCCAGACUCAGCCUCAGAUAGCAGCCACCGCCUUGUCCUCCGGCUUGGCCCAGACUGUACCUCAGAAACCAGACACGUUCACACCGCAUGUGCUCAGUCAGCCACAGCCAGUCAGAAAGGUUUUCACAAGCUCGGCAUCUAAUACAGUCCUUUCAUAUCAGAGACCACCUGCCCCAGCAGUCCAGCAGCCCUUUAUUAACAAGACACCCAGCAAUGUUCUCCAGUCCAGAAGUGCGCCCCUCCCAUCCCUGCAAAAUGGACUGAGUCCUCCCAGCAAGCCGAGUUCACCCCCUCCAACCCAGCAAUUUGUCGUCCAGCACUCUCUAUUUGGGAGCCCAGUCCCCAAAACGAAAGACCCUCCCCGCUAUGAAGAGGCCAUCAAGCAGACACGCAGCACCCAGUCUUCUCUCCCAGAGAUCUCCCACACGCACAGUCAGCAAAUGGACGACCUCUUUGAUGUCCUCAUCAAGAGCGGAGAGAUUUCCCUCCCUAUAAAGGAAGAGCCUUCUCCUAUUUCCAAAAUGAGACCAGUGACAGCCAGCAUUACCACAAUGCCAGUCAACACAGUGGUGUCCCGGCCACCACCCCAAGUCCAAAUGGCGCCACCUGUAUCCUUAGAACCUAUGACCAGUUUAUCUGCCAGCUUAGAGAACCAACUAGAAGCUUUCUUGGAUGGGACUUUACCUACAGCCAAUGAAAUUACCCCACUACAAAGCAGCAGUGAAGACAGAGAGCCCUUCUCUCUGAUCGAGGAUCUCCAGAAUGAUCUGCUGAGUCACCCCGGCGUGCUGGACCCCUCACACUCCCCCAUGGAGACCGCCGAGGCCCAGUUUGCUGCAAGUACGCCCUGUCUGUCACUUGACCUCUCUGACUCAAACUUGGACAACAUGGAGUGGUUAGACAUUACUAUGCCUAACACGUCAUCGGGACUCACUCCUCUCAGCGCCACUGCCCCAAGUAUGUUCUCUGCCGACUUUCUAGAUCCACAGGACCUGCCAUUGCCAUGGGACUAACGUCACAGGCUCGUCGUCUCAGAGUUCAUGAGGUUUAAGAUGAAGAUGAGUCAAAGGUCAGUUUUUAGAGACAGGUCCAUAGCUGCAUCAUUGCAAAUGGAUAGAUGGUCACAGCCUGGAAACCAAGUUUAAGAACAUUUCAUUGCAUCCAGCAGUGAAUGUCUGCAGUUAAUAUAGCACAGGGCCUUCUGAAAAAUCACUAGUCAAAGAAGACUCAUCUGUUUCUCCAGACUUCACUAAAGAAGGAAAAAGUACCUUUAGAUUAAAACAUGAGUAAUGUGUACAGGAUAACGACAUGAGGAUUCUCUGGUAUCAACUACAUUUAAACCUCUGUGGUCACUUUCAGGCCCUAAAUAAAAAGCAUACAGCUCUACUCAAAAAAGAAUGCCGGCGCGAGGGAGGUGAGAGAUCACUGCACGUGUGUUUCUGGAAAUGGCCUGAGCCCCGCCCAAGGUGCAGCAGGGAUCAAAGGCAGCGGACGGCACCAGCCAGUUCAGCGACAGCUCCAGCUGAAGACUUUUGGUUCCAUUCAGAAACCAAUGUAAUUUUGUUGUGUUGUAGUUUAUUUUGUGGUUUUUGGAAUCUUACUUUAGAUUUCCAAAUUUAAAUUUAAAUGGAAGUUCUUUCACCAUAACCAGACAAUGUACUGUCAUAAACAAUCCCCUGUAAAAAGUCCAAGUCUAUUGAUAUAACACUGAAAAUUCUGUUAGCAGCCCUCUGGGUUGAUUAUAUUGAUUUAAUGUAUAAAGUAGACAUUUAUAUGUACACUCUAUGUUGGGAUUUGUACAGCCUAUAUUGGGGUUAAAUAUUGGGUAUCCAGUGGCCCUACUUCUUUUAAUAACUCAAAUAUUUCUAGAGUACUUGAGCCACAUGUAUUUCUGUAUUUUAAGAACUAACUUUCAGGUAACCAAACCCAUCUCAAAGAACCAAGAAAAAACUUUAAGUGUAAAAUAUCUUCCUGAGCUGGUGAGUUACAAAGCGAAGGCAAGGGAGAAGUCUGUCAUUCCCAGGAAAUCCCCACAACGGUGACAGGUUAGACUGCCGCCGGGCUGGCCUCUGGCUCCAGCUCUGGCGGCCCUUUCCUCUCGCUCAUCCUGGUCAUCGUUUUACAGGUUGGAACUGGAUGUCGCACCUGAGCUCUCACUACAUUAUCAAGCCGAAGAUUGAAAAACUGGAGGUUUUAUUAGUUUUUUAUAUAGAUAAAAAGUUAUCACAUUUGUUAAGUAGUUUCUUAAGAGUUUUCUGAAAUGCCAAUUAUCACAGGAUUUCCAAAAUGAUUUCAAAAUAGUUGUUUAAGUAUAUGACAAAAUGUAUAUAACUUAAAAAAACAAAACAAAACUGAGGUCUACCAAAACAGUGUGGAGGUUUUUCUUAAAUGUUAUCAAGCUCUCCACCUCACUUGUAUAAUCCCGAGAAUCAGGUUGCCUUUCUCUGGGUCGUUAAAUAGUCACUGUUACAACAGUGACAUGUACAGGCAACCUGACCCAUUAUUUAAAAGGAAUUUGUGAAUCAUUUCUGGGUUUGUGUUUUGCCUAAGAGCUGGUAUUAUUUCAAAUUUUUAUUUCAGUUUAUAUAUUUCACUACGUGUAAGAAAAGUCUGUUUUUCCAGAAUUCAGUCCCCAGAACACUGGAGCCCUCUGUUAACUAGCACUUCCCACCUUGAAAGCGCUUCUGAACGGUUCCAGGCAGAGGCAGUGGCGCUCAGUGUGAUCUGUGGUGAGUAGCCGAAUUGUUCAGAAAUUGGUAAUCCAGCGCGUGGCGUCCAGACACUGCGACGUGACCAAGCCCAGCAAGAGUGUUACUGUCUUAGGCAUGAUGUGCAUCUUCAAAUCAUUUCCUUUCAGAAGGGCCUGUCUCCUGGGACAGGGCAGGGCUAGUGACUUAGAAAGGUAAUUUCUUAGGACAGGUCUUAGCAUUGGAUUUUUGUCUGGAGCUGAUUUGGUCCAUACUUGAACUCUAAACAUCAUCUUUAUUCAGAUUUAAGUGGCUUGUUAAAGUAGUACCAACUAUCAGUGGGACUGUAGGAGGCAACUGAACAGCUAGUGCUAUUGACUCUUGGUGAAUAACUUUCUACUUUCAUCUUUCCAAGUUGUGUACAUAGAUCACUUCCUAGCCCCCAAGUCCCCUUAAUUGCUUCUUUAAAAUAGGGUUUGAAACAUGCCACAGGAAGGCUGCUCUCCAAAAACACAUACUGCGGUGCAAAGAAUGCCAUCUCAUCGGUCUGCUCUCUUUUGAUUUUGUUGUUAAUGUGCCCACUUUACAUAUGUGUUCAAACCUCUAUGUACCGGCAUCUCCUUUAAAAGGAAGGCAGGCAAGGAGUCUCUAGUUACAAAGUCUAGCUGCCGACUCGCCCAUUCCACUGGGCCCUCCUGGCCUGGCCCGAGCAGCAAGCUGAGUGCCUGUGCUGCUCUCCAGGGUCCCAGCUACGUGUUCCAGAUUAGAGUGAGGACACAGAAGAUGUGCAACAUGUGACGUGACCAAAGAUGACACUCUGUAAUCAAGGGUCCUUUGACCUAACUCAGUGUCCUUAAAGGUAAAUGCAGUGGGAAAGGUGUGUGUUUACUAAAGAGGACUAUUUUUAUUGUUUGAGGUGAGUUUCACAACCGUGAAAGCCCGGGUCAGAAUAGCCAGUUGGAUUUUCAAUAUGCCUGUGUGCAGUUUAGAGGUGAUCCUGCUGUGUAUCUUCUUGCAGAAUAUCCCACUGCCAAGGAAACAAUUCCUAAAAACAGAUUAUCUCACAUGCAGUCUUAUUUCCCUAAAUAUUCCUGAAACACAGUAGUAUCAAGCCUACCUUUCUAUUGUAUGUAGGUAUCAGGUCAUGUCAUUGGGGGUGGGAUGCACGGAAAGUUAUACCAAAGCUUCUACAUAGUCUUUGGAAAUCUAAGGGUAUGUGGUCAUCUUGUACAUUUCAGCAAAGCAUGUACUAGAAAACCUUAGAGACAGUGUUAGUGGUUCACAUUCUAGUGUUUUUCCUGAAAUGUGCAAUCUACUGUAUAGCAUUUGCCACACAUUUGUACAUAGAUGUAUUCUGAAUUCGUGGAAUUUCUUGUUAAGACACUAUCUGUGUUUGUUUUAUAUGAGUAUUUUUAUAAUACUAAAAAGAUCGUAUUUAAAUUUGCUUUUUAAAAACUGCACAGUUCUGUGACCCACGUCACUGAUAUUCUUGUAAGGGCAGUUGAAGAACGGGCAAAGGCGGUCUGGGGCUGCCUCCAAACUGAUGCCUGUUGUAGGCAAAGUCCCGGUAACAGGAUAGGGCCCCUGAACUGUGCAGUCAGCGGACACUGAGAGCCAUAUCAGGAGCGUUCCUCAUUUUGUCACCAAAGCUGACUCAGGCUUCCUCUGCCCUCCACCCCAGAUCAUUCCAAGCCACAUAGCUUUCUUCAGAGUCCUUGCAGAGCUACCAGGCUGAAACCCGCCACAUCAGCUGACAAAACGGCCGUCCCAUGCACACCACAUGCUGUCCCUGUGGGCUACCUGGCACAGGCCUCACCCAGGCUGCUGUCGGUCAGCUGGCGACUUUCAGAGAACCUUAGGGAGAAGAGUUAUUGGGUGUCUACCAGCAGAGCAGCACAGGUCCAUUUAACCCCACUCACAAGUGACCCUCCGUUUCUGCUAUCCAUCACUGCAAACGUGAAUCCUGGCUACGGGCAACGGAGCAGAAUACCAGAUUGUCCACUGCCCUGGAGGCCACAGAGUGAGCGCAAAUGGUCAAUAAAUAUUAACUGGAAGGUCAGGCUUAUCAAGGAACACAGCUCACAAGUGCAGGCGUGUAUUUGGAGAGCAUCCUCGCUGCAUUUCAGCUCAUCUUUUAAGUGGCUUCAGUCAAAACUGGAAAAUAAUUCAGAUGUAGUAAUUCUUUUUCAGACUUUCGAUACCUUGCUCACUGAUCUUUCCGGGCUACAUUUUUACGUGAAGUGACUCUGUCUGCAUGGCAACAUGUGUUUUCCCUGUUUACCCCUUCUUUCAGUAUUUGAGGAAAUGCAUCAUUGCAGAGGGUUUCUACCAGAAAUCUGAUCUGAGGCCUGUAAUUCAAAAAGCUGCACAUGUUUACAAAAGCUCUCUAACCCUCCACACAAACACAUUGCUCUGUGAAUCAUUAUUGAAAAAAAAAAAAUCACAACUGUGUGACAACAGGAUGGCAAUCUCAGAUCAACAAGGUGCUGUCUGGAAUCAGAUAAAAUAUGUCAUUGGUGAUAUCGACCCAACUGUCGUGUUUAACAGAGCUUUGUGCCAACUACUAAGACAAAGCUUUAACCAAGUUCAUAGAAUCACUGAGACUCGUAACAGUUACCUCUCUACAUUAUGCUGUAAGAAAACUUGCUGAUUUGGUAGGAGAAAGAAGCAUUUAGGAAAGGGUUUAGUAUCUACCAAAAGUACUUAACCUCAAGUAACCAGUAGUAAUGCAAACUUGCUUUAAAGGAACCAAAGGCAUUGCCAAGUAUUUGCCAAAACGAGGCACUUUUUAUUUAAAAUUUGAGACUAAUGAGUUCUCAAAAAUCAGUCCCAAAAAGGUAUUAUCCAUUUAAGGUUAUAAUUUUCACAAAGGUGUAGAUAUUUCUGUAGUGUUUUCAUGUAAAAUAGUAUAGAUUUGUUUUGUUGGUUUAGGAAUAGUACACAUUUAGUAGUAAUACAAAGUUUUUUCCUUCCUACAUACAAAUUAAUUUUCUUCUUGCUUGCAAUAGAAAUGCAACGUGAUAGGUGUUUCUCUUCUUAUUUUCAUUGUCACACUAUGUCUUAGCAUCUCACUUUAUGAAAAAAAGGAGAAAGAUACCAAUCUACAGAGCCCUGCUUAUUAAAGUACUCGUUUAAGAAACAAAAAAAUUAUGGCAAUCGGGGGUCCAUUCAUGUAUUGCCUUUAUGUUGUUUUUUAAAAGAAAAACCGUGAUGCCUUUGUAUUUGCUGUUUGCACCCCUGAAAUCAAUUCCAUAUCAUGUUUGAAUGCCAUACAUUUUGCACAUGUACUGUACAUAGGGAACGCAUACUGUAUUUUUAUAUGUGUGCACAUUUAUCAUCAGAUCUUUUGUACAUAGUGGCAGUAUUGUAGCGGAUCGGAAAAUGUUUGAUAUCUCAGCAAUUUUGCAUUUUUGUGUCUCAAAUAAAAAGCAUUUUGAUGUAUUAUGAUUCUUGCUAUGCAGAGAAAAGACUGCCUUAUGGGUCAAGAGAGUGAUUGUAGACCAGUGUGGGGAUGGGAUUUGGGAGGAGACACCACCUUCAGAACACAUGUCACAGCGGGCAGUCACCACACAAAACAAGUGCAUUCAUCAGGGCGGGUUUUGUAAAUCACACAUUGAGUGAGCCACCUUCCCCUAGGCCCAGGAC